AUGUUAUCACAGGAAUUAAAAAGACAAGCAUUAAAUGCCUAUAGAAAUGGUUUAAGAGCCACUAGAAUCGCUUUUGGUCCAGAUAAGAUGUUGCUAGUUGCAUCUAGGAAAAAAAUGAAAGAGGGAAUGUUGAAUCCACCUAAGGAUUUAAACAUUCCAAAACCAGUAACAGUGGAGAAACAAAUCAAGCAUUUGAAUGAUGUUGCUUUAUUUUUAAGAAGGAAUAUUGUUCAAGGUGUAAAAAAGGAUAAGGAUACCAGUGGAAAAGUUAGAUAUCAUUUGAAUAUUCAUAAGGAGACCGAAUUGGGUGAUAACGAAAGUAUAAAAAAAACCAAGAGAGCUCUAGCUGCUGAAGGAGGUGGUUGUUGUGGUGGUGGCAAGAAUUUAUAUAAACAGUGA